UUACUUCAUUUAUUUCGUGUUAUUAAUCUCUCUCUCACCGAGUCUCACACUUCCUGUUUGCUUUCAACAUGGCUGACUGUUAAUUACAGGUGAAUCUGCAGGUACUUGCAAAUAACUUACCACUCAUAAUAUACAGGAUGCUCUUCAACACUUCCAGUUGCCACAGCAGGUUUGAGAAUCACUACAUACAGAAAGGAUGAGGGAGUAUCCUUGACUGAUUGAGUAUAUGAUUGAGAUAAGUUCCAACAGAUGUCCAUUUAGUCAAACAACCGAACAGAUGUUGCUGUAUAUUGAAGCAAUCCAGCCUUUUGAAAACAGGACUGAAACAGGCUGCUGUGAGGACAGCUGCCAAAUAACAGUAAAUGAUCUUAUCAAAAGCUUUUGAUUGAUCCAUAUUGAUUAGAGUCCCACUGAAACCAAGAUUGUUACCCAUCCUUUCUACAAUGUUGGAGGUCAUGCAUAAAUCUGCCUGGGAUCAUGAAUCCAACUUCAUGCUGCUGUCUCAACAUUGAAAUCAUCCACAGUGUGUAAACUCUUUUAUAAGUUCCUGCUUAUGAGUGAAACCAGCUGCUACAAAUACUGGUCACGAUGUCUUUUAAAACUGAAAAACCUUUCUUACAGACAUUCCCAACUGCAAGUAACUUUGUACGAAACUCAGAUCCAACGUCCAUUACUGUUGGUCAGCUGAAUUAUGUUCAACAACCUUCGCAGCGCUCACCAACACAGUUCCCACAAAUUGAUGUCACACAGUUUGACUUUGCUCAGCAGACUCAUAUAAUCCAAGGUGCAGAUGCGAGUCACCUGAUGUUUAUUCCGCAGCAGCCAACAGGUGAUGAUACUGCAACAAUUCAGUUUCCCACAUCACAAACUGGUAAGUUAGAUAUAGAGUUCUCUCAUCAAAUGGAUUUGAAAUCAGGAACUCUUGAAUUCCCUGAGCAGUUAGAUGUAGUGGCAGCACAACAGUUGUCCUUCCCAGUUCAAAUAAAGAAUGAACCAGAGGACAUAAAUAAUUUGAGUUCCGUUGUAAAACAAGAGCAAAUUGACUUCAGUGAAAUGGUGAAGAGCGAGAAGUCUGAUUUAGAUUUUGAGCAGUUAAGCAAACAGCAGCUUGACUUUAACCAGUCUGUCUCUGUGGAUGAUAAAGUCCAAACAAUCAGCCAAUUUGGAUUUGCACAAUCAAUGGGAGACGCUGAACAGAUAGAUCUCAUUCAGCAUAAUGAAAACAAGUUGGAACAAUUAAAUUUUAAUGAACCAGUGAAACUCAAGACCGAACAAUUAGAUUUUGUUUCACAGGUAAACAAUUCUGUGGGAACACCUGGCCAGGUUGACUUUGCUUCUCCAGAACAAGUGAAAACUAUGUCUUUGGAUUUCCAAACCCAGCAACAACAACAGCAACAGCAACAACAACAACAGCAGCAGCAGCAGCAUCUAGUUGAACCGAAAAUCGAAGAGAUAAGUUUUUCGCAAACAUUGCAGCAUCUCCCUCAGCCUCAAAACCAAAUUGACUUUAAUCAAUCAAUUGAUAGCAACACUGCCAGACAGCUGGAAUUUGGUCAGCAUGCCCCUCCUCCACCACCACCACCUCCUCUUCCUCCUCACCAAACUCAUCCACAUCAUCAUCAUCAUCAUCAUCAUCAUCAUCAUCCCCACCAUCAACGCAUGGCAGCAGAUAUAAAUGCUGGCCAACCACCUGGAUUCUCACAGCUUCUGGACACCAAAACAGAACAGCUUCAAGCGAAGCUAUUAGUGUGCAAGCACUGCCAAAAGACAUUUUAUAGUUCUGAGGAGCUGCAACAACACAUGAAGAUGCAACACCCUUCUGAGUGUGACAACCUGAAUAGCAGUCGAUGUAGCAGCGCUAGCACUGUUGGUGGUGCUUGUACUACAAAUAGUAGCGGAGAAAAACGCUACACCUGUGAGUAUUGCAAGAAAACCCUGUCUCGACUGUAUGGGCUGACCCAGCACAUCAAAACCCAGCACAAUCGAGACAAGCUGUAUCAGUGUCAGUACUGUGAAAAGACAGCCACCUGCUUCAGUGAAUUAAGGGAACACACUCGGUCGCAUAAAGUGAAUUCUUUUGAGUGCAAAUAUUGUAAAAAGAAAUUUCCUCGCACAUACAACUUAACAUUACACAUCCGCACUCACACGGGUGAGAAGCCUUUCAGCUGUUCCUUCUGUGACAAAACAUUUGCUCGUAGCAGUAAUUUGGUUGUUCACCAGAGGACUCAUACAGGUGAACAGCCGUUUCAGUGUAAAAGCUGUAAAAAGUCUUUUUCAUAUUCAAAGCAACUUAAGAAGCACACCCUUACCUGCAAACCACCGUUACCACCAGCUCCAGCAGCACUCAUGUGUGAUGGCAACACUGCACUUUUAUAUAAUGGUGGUGUUAUAGCAGAGAAUGGCCUUGGGCCAGUGCCUAAUCCUAUUAACACCUGUGAUAUCAAUUCUUCAAUAUCAAAUGAUAUCAACUUAGUUUCCACCACAUCUUCUGGUGUCACUAACACAAGUGUUGCUGUCAAGUUACCGAGCAACUGCAACCUUACAAACAGCGUGUCUUUGUCUUUGCCAACACCAUACCCAAAUCAAACAAACGUGGAUACCAAGCCUGUUGUGAUUAAUUUAAAUAGAACAAACCAUCAAUUGGAACCUUUUGGCAGCAAUAGCAGCACCAAUAGCAAUAGUGCUGCUAACUCUAACCACCUCCCCAAUCCAAACCCAAGUGAAGUACAAGUGAAGCAGGAAUUUACCAAUCUGUAUCCUGCAAAUCAAGUCCCACCGCAGCAGUUUUGUACAUACAAUGGCCAGUCAUUCACCUACAGAAAACAAGAGAAUUUCCUGAGCAAUGUUGAUGCACAACAGCCUUAUUAUGCCCAGGAUACGAUGGUCAUGAGACAGGAUUACAUCAGUAACAGCCAAAUGUAUGCACCCCCUCAACCCUAUACCAACCCCACACCCCCUAACCAAGAGGAAAUGAUCACGUAUAUAAACUUAUAACAUUUUCCAUUUUGAAUAUUUAGCAAGUUAAUAUUUUUUUUAGUGCUUUUCUCUCUCACUCUCAUUCUCUCUCUCACUCUCAUUCGCUCUCUCUAUCAUUUUGGUUUACUUUUUUUUUUUCUUCUUUGAAUUAUCAAAUUUAUAAAAAGUUGCUUUCAUAUCAUUGGGAGAUGUAAAACCAGAGUGAAGAAAGAAUUGUGAAUAAUGGAAUUUUUUUCAGAAAAAAAAAAGGAAGAGAAAGAACAGAGAAAGAGAGACAAGACAAAAAUGUUAUGAAGAUAUUGGAAACCUAAAAAUCCUUUGAAAAGGAAGUGGGGGGACGGGGGACAGAAUUAAAAAAAAUACUUAAAAAUAUAAAACAAUGCUGUGUUUUAACAGUAUCUUCUAUUUGUGAUCUGGGCAUCUUAAAUGCCACUUGAAAUGUAUUUUAUUAUCAUUUGGCUUUUAACUGAUAUAGAAUUGCUUUGUUUUACGAUAUUAUAGCUGUAGUGUUUUGGCCUUUCAUUACCCAACAAACAGAAUUUUGUAAAAAGUUUAAAAACUAAAAAAAAGUUUCUUCUCUUUAGUUUUUGCUGACUGUCAUCUCAGAGGGCUAGUCUUUCUAUUUCUCUUUCUCACUCUCUAUAUCUCACCCAAUCCAGUAUUAUCUUCACACAGUGGGUCUUUGAUAAAUAUUUGAAGGUAGAACUCAGAACCUAAACUCAGUGCCUUUAGUUACAGAGAAAACAGAAAACAUUUACAAAAUAAAAAGAAGGAAUGUUAAAAUUGAAGGAAGUAUAUUCAUCUCUCACCCCUCCCUCUUUUGCCAGUAUUCUGUUUCAAUCUCUUCACUUUAUAUUAUUGAUCUAAAAAAAAAAAGUGAUAUUUUACAUCAAAUUUCUGUCACUUUAACACCCAAUACAAUUUAGAUAAUCAGAAUAACUUAGUUUCUCCCUUCUAUAUAAAAGUACAAAAUAUAUUUCCUCGCCUUUAUAAUAAGCAUACAAAGCAAUACUGAUUUUUCUACUACAUAAAUUAAAGGAAGGUUAUUUAUUUUUUUCCCUGCUGUUUUGCAUCCAUAUUUUCAUGCUUGCAUGACUAGAGCAACAUAAUGUCUUCCUGUGUAAAUUAGAGUAAAUUAGAUAUAAUUAAUAUCCUUUAUCCUCCAUGGGCUAGAAUACACAAAAUCUUCCUGUAUUUGUCUACAGGAUAUGUUCUUAUUUCUAUCUUAUUAAUAUAUUUUCUCUAUUCUAUCUUUGCUGUACACACACCAUAUUAAUUUCACAGUUAAUGGAUAGAGAUUUGGAGAAUUGGUGGGGUUAUGUAAUCAAAAGAAAACGGUAUCAAAAUCAAAGGCUUCCAAUGAUGUGGUAAAAUUAUUGAAACUAGAUAUUGAACAAAUUUUACAUAUUUUCUUUUGAAUGAAAA